AUGAUCUACGCCGUCAUCCCCCUAGCCAUCUCCCUUCUUAUAGUCGGGGCCGUCCUCAUCCUACAAGCCCUGUACCCAAGAUUCUACAGCGACCUGUGUUUCAUCGUCGACAAAGCCCGGAUGGCCCGUCAUCUCAGCCGGUGCGCGAAGCGUGACGUCCCGCUCACAAUCGUGGACGACUUCGAGAGACACGCCCGCACCACACCGGACAAGACGUUCCUAAUCUACCAGGACGUACGGUACACCUACCGGGAGGUGAACCGCGAAGCAAACCGCCUGGCUUACGUCGCUCGGCACUGCGGGAUGAAACAGGGGGACACGGUGGCCGUGCUCAUUCAGAAUGAACCGAGGUUUAUCUGGACUCUGUUGGCCUUUGCUAAACUCGGGGUGACAUGUGCCUUAUUGAACUUCAAUCUUCGUUCGACUAGCUUGCUGCACUGCUUUGAGGCGAGUCAAGCGAAAAUUCUUGUCUUUGGGCCAGGAGACAGCUUACGGGAAGCUGUUGCCGACAUCAAAGGAGAGUUGAAGAAGAAACAGGUUCGGAUCUGGGCCUUGGAGUCCGCGGGAGGUACUCGUCUUCAAGGAACCCAAUCCAUUGAUGGCAUCUUACAGAACAACUCAGACCUGAACGGAAAAGACUACGAUGUCGACCUCCCCAGGGAGCUCCGUAAGGGACAACACUUCAGAGAUCCAUUCGUUUACAUCUACACGUCUGGAACAACAGGACUCCCGAAAGCGAGCAGGAUGUCACAUUACAAAAUGAUGGCAGGAGGGCAUCUACUCAACUGCGUAGCUAUGACGUCAGAUGACGUCAUGUACGUCACGCUACCGCUUUAUCACAUCUCAGCACUAUUAUUUGGACUCAGCAAUGUUAUCAGAAACGGGGCAACGAUGGUUCUGAGACCGAAGUUUUCAGCUGCUCAGUUUUGGACAGAUUGCUGCAAGCAUGAUGUCACCAUUAUCAUGUACAUUGGAGAGCUAUUUAGAUAUCUUCUUUCGCGCCCAGAGAGUCCGGAAGAGAAAACCAACAAGGUCCGAGUGGCUGUGGGUAACGGGCUCGGUAGUGACAUCUGGGGUGAAGUCAUGGAGCGUUUCAGUAUCGGGAGGAUCCUUGAGACGUACGGAGCGACUGAAGCUAACUUUGGCAUCAUGAAUGUAGACAAUAAGAUCGGAUCGGUGGGAUGCUGGCCACCUCUACUAAGGAUAUUCUGUCCGAUCGAGUUGAUCAAGUAUGAUUACGAGUCUGCCCAGCCUAUUCGGGAUGAGAAGGGCCGAUGCAUCAAGAUUCCUCCCGGAGACACUGGGCUCUUGCUCUGCCCGGUGAACAAGACGUUUCCCUUGGAGGGGUAUGUUGGGAAGGAGGACCUGAUGCAAAGGAAGCUGGUACACAACGUCUUGAGAGAUGGUGACGUCUACUUCAACACGGGAGACCUGUUUGUUCAAGAUGAGAAUUACAACUUGUACUUCAAAGACAGAUUGGGAGAUACUUUUAGGUGGAAAGGUGAAAAUGUGGCAACGACCGAGGUUUCUCAAGUAUUACAUGAAGUGGACUCAGUGUUUGAGGCUAAUGUGUAUGGAGUAACUCUACCAGGUCACUACGGCAAAGCUGGCAUGGCGGCCAUCUUGCUCUACCCAAACUCAACCUUUGACCCCGUGUCAACCUUCAAAUACGUCACGUCGCGUCUUCCAAACUACGCAUGCCCGAGGUUUCUGCGUCUGCCCAUCUCACUGGAGCACACAAGUACCUUCAAACAGACGAAAUCACGCCUUGUUCAGGAGUCCUUCGACCCAUGCCUGGUGAAAGACCCAAUGUUCUUCUUCGAUGUCGUCAAGCAACAAUACUCAAAGCUGGACGAGUCUGCCUAUGUGAAAAUAAUAAGAGGGGAGGUGCGAAUAUGA